GUCUCUGUGUGUGUGUGUGUGUGUGUGUGUGUGUGUGAUUAUGUGAGUGUAUCAGUGUGUGUCUGUCUGUGUGUGAGUGUGAAGAGGAGGCGGAGCCGUUCUUCAGUCUCACAUUCAACAAACAGCAGAAUUAAAAGGAUUUUAUCUGAAUUCAAUCAAACAGGAUUCAAAGAUUCAUUCAGGACAAAUUCAUAUGUGAAGAUGAAGUUCGAGAACAGCUUCUUCACCCUGAACGUUGGCGGUCGCAGGUUUUUCUUCUCUGCAGAGAUGAUGAAGCGACUUCCUCUGAGCAGACUCAGUCGACUGCAUCGCUGCCUGUCGGACACCGAGCUGCUGGAGCUCUGUGACGACUACGACCGCGACCGCAACGAGUUUUUCUUCGACCGGCACUCGGAGGCCUUCAGCUUCAUCAUGCUCUAUGUGCAACAUGGAAAACUGCGCUUUGUGCCGCACAUGUGUGAGCUGUCCUUCUACAAUGAGAUGCUCUACUGGGGCCUGGAGAGCGCCGACCUGCAGCCGUGCUGCCAGCGACGCCUCGACGACCGCAUGUCUGACUGCUUUGUUCACUUCUUCCCAGAGGAGGGGCCCCGGGAGCCCGACGAGCCCGAGAGCCGCUGGCUGGAGAGGAUGAGGAGGAUGUUUGAGGAGCCCACAUCAACGCUGGCAGCGCAGAUCCUCGCCUCGGUGUCGGUGCUGUUUGUGGUCAUCUCCAUGGUGAUGCUGUGUGCCAGCACCUUACCAGACUGGAAGGUGACCCUGGACCAGCACAGGAUCAUUGAAGCGGUCUGUAUUGGUUGGUUCACGGCUGAGUGUAUCAUUCGUCUCCUGGUGUCUCGUGAUAAAUGUGAGUUUGUCCGUCGUCCUCUGAACAUCAUCGACCUGUUGGCCAUCACGCCGUACUACGUCUCCAUCACUGCGAGCCUCCUGACGGGGGAGAACUCUCAGCUGCAGCGUGCCGGUGUCACCCUGCGUGUCCUGCGUAUAAUGAGGAUCUUCUGGGUGAUCAAGCUGGCGCGUCACUUCGUGGGUCUGCAAACGCUUGGCCUGACGCUACGGCGCUGCUAUCGUGAGAUGGUGAUGCUGCUGGUCUUUAUCUGUGUUGCCAUGGCAAUCUUCAGCGCGCUGGCCCAGCUGCUGGAGCACGGGCUGGACCUGGAGGCUGGAAACCCGGACUAUGCCAGCAUCCCUGCCGCCUGCUGGUGGGUCAUCAUCUCCAUGACGACGGUGGGCUACGGUGACAUGUACCCAGUGACGGUGGCGGGACGGGUGUUGGGUGGCCUCUGUGUUGUGAGCGGCAUCGUGCUGCUUGCUCUGCCCAUCACCUUCAUCUACCACAGCUUCAUCCAGUGCUACCACGAGCUCAAGGUGCGCUCCACCCGCUGCAGCCACAGCCUCGCCAACGACUUCCUCUGACUCAGCAGUUUAUCCACUGACCGCGGAGAAAAGCUGCCAAUGAUCUGAGCACCAGCUUCGUCUCAGGAUCGGAGCUGAGUCAUCAGAAAGUGACGCCAUGUUCAUCACGUAGAAAACGAUCAGUGAAUCAUGUUGCUGAGCAGAAUCUGAAAUAUUGACUUUUAAAGGACAAAAUUCUUCAUGAGUUUGAUCCACUGUUAUUAUUAUUAUUAUUAUGACUUUUGUUAUUAUUAUUAUUGUUAUUAUUAUUAUUGUUGUUGUUGUUAUAUUAAAAGAAAAGUUGAGAUGAGACAAGUUAAGAUAAGAUAAGUCAAUCAAGAUGAUGGUUGUUCUGGAAGUUUCCUGGCAGCUGGUGAAAGGAGAACUCAGGCAGCAGCAGAAGGUUUGAAUGUAGACUUGCUGCAUCAAGGAGACCAGGAGGUGAAACAACAUACAAACACUAACAGAGCAACAUGAGCAACUGUCUCCACCAAGUCUGAAGAUGUCUCCCACAGCCUCCCAGUAUAUCUCCCUCACCCUGCGUCACCCAUGAAGGUCCCUCUCUCUGUUACAUGGAGGUGUUUGCAUCCUAUUGGACAGUUCAGUGUAAAGUGUGUGUUCAUAAAUCACAUUGUGUCCUCACGUCUGGUGAAACACACAAAGAGUCGGUGUCUCUGUCUGGAGCCUCUGAGUUAGAUCUGAACGUCCCUGAGUGAAGACACUACAAUGUCCUGUGGGUCCUUUAUCUAUAACCUGACCUGGGUUCUGCUCAGAGAGAGAAGGAGGAUCUGUGGAACCAGACAGGCUCUAUUCUCCUGUACAGAUAGAAUAUACACUAUACUUAAUAUAUAGUGACAUAUACUGUAAUGUGGGAGGAUGGUCAAAUUCCUCAACAAUGAUGAUGAUGAUGAUGAACAUAUCAUAUGAUGAUUAAUAUGAUUGUCAUCUUUAUCAUCCUGUUGGUGAAACCAUCCAUGGUUUCCAUGGUAACAGGAUGGAUGAGCUGCUGCUGAGUGAAAUGUGUCACUGACGUCUUCAUCAUCUUCUUCAUCUCCUGCAGCGAAACGUUCUCUUCCUGCAGGGACGGGUUCUCGAUGGAACCGUGAGAAUGUCUCACAGACUUUUAACAUUGGACAAAACAGGAGUCAAAUCAGACAAUGAUGUUGAAAUGAGUUGAUCUCCUCUUCAUCCUCCUCUUCAUCCUGGUCUCGUGUGGAUGGAGGAUUAUUAACCCUAAAAUUAAACUGACAAUGUUUCUCUUUUUAUUUCUUUGUCUUCUGAUACUGAAUCAAAUCUACUUCACAUACAGAUACAAAAUAAAUGAUUGACAAUCAGCAA